CACUGAUGAUGGGUACUGAUAGACGGCACUGACUGGCAUCACUGCUGGGCACUGACUGGCGGCACUGACUGGCACAACCCCUGGGCACUGACUGUUGGCACUGACUGGCAGCACUGCUGGGCUGCACUGGUGGGUGGGCACAGGUGGGUGGCACUGGUGGGCACAGGUGGGUGGGCACAGGUGGGUGUCACUGCUGGGCACAGGUAGGUGGCACUUCUGGGCACAGGUAGGUGGCACUGCAGAGUGGCACAGGUGGGUGCACUGCUGGGCACAUGUGGGUGGCACUGCUGGGCACAGGUAGGUGGCAGUUCUGGGCACAGGUGUGUGACACUGCAGAGUGGCACAGGUGGGUGCAUUGCUGGGCACAGGUGGAUGAUCUGCUGGGCACAGGUGGGCGGAACUUGUGGGUGGCACUGCUGGGCACUGAUCAUCAGUGCCCCCUGAUGAUCGGUGCCGAUCCUCGCUCUGACAACUGCCGGUUCUCGGCACGUGUCAUUGGACACCGCUGAUCAC